AUGAGAACCGUCAUUCUUGUGUUUCUUUUCAUUUUCUUACGGUACAGUUCGGCUGCUGAGACAUUAAAGAGCAACGACAUUAAAGAUCAAACGGUUGGAGAGUAUAACAGCAAGGAACCAGCAAACAAGGAAGAUGCACCGAAAAGGUUUCAGUUAUACCACGUGAAUGAUAGUGUUUUUUCGUUAUCGUCGAAUGUUUUCUUCCUUUAUCUAUUACCUCCGAUCAUCUUUGAUGCAGGAUAUUUUAUGCCGAAUCGUGCACUCUUCGAAAAUUUCGGCUCAGUACUGAGCUUCGCUGUGUUUGGCACAGUAUGGAAUACAUUCGCAAUUGGUGCAUCGUUGUAUGCGUUAGGAGAGUUCGGCAUAUUUUCGGUGCAAUUCUCAAUAUUCGAAAUCUUUUUGUUCUCGGCGCUUAUCAGUGCAGUGGAUCCAGUGGCUGUUAUUGCCGUCUUUGAAGAGAUACACGUUAAUGAAGUACUUUUUAUUACUGUGUUUGGCGAGGCGCUAUUUAACGAUGGUAUUACUGUGGUGUUGUAUCAAAUGUUCAAAAAGUUCACGCUGAUCGGACCAGAUAAGCUGAUCCCAAUUGAUUACGUGGCUGGCGGUGUGAGUUUUUUCGUGAUCGGUUUAGGUGGUGCUGCUAUCGGAUUGGUGUACGCUGUAAUUGUCAGUUUUAUCACAAAAAUUGUUGCGUGUGGAAUGGCGAUGAAACAAUACGUGAAAGGUAAUAUCUCGAAUACGGCAAUCGCAUCCGUCAAAUACUUCACAAAGAUGCUGGCACAAGCAUGUGANGCAUUUAUCGCGCUCACAAUUGUCUUUUGCAUGAUCUAUCGAUCGAUCGGUGCGAUUGCAUUCGGUCUAGUUGUGUCGAUGCCCGAGCAGAUUCAAGCAAAAAGCAUGUUCAUCACUGCUUGCAUUGCGGUCAUCUAUUUCACCGUAUUCUUACAGGGUAUGACAAUCAAACCGUUGGUGAAUUAUUUGAAGAUCGAACGUGAAGACCAAGAAGGACCAACACUGAUUCAAAGCGUUUACAUGCGAUAUUUCGAUUAUACAAUGGCCGGUGUAGAGGAUAUUGCUGGACAAAAGGGACACAAUUCAAUUCGUGACACUUUCGAACGUCUGAAUGCGACGAUUCUACGACCACUAUUAAUGCGUAAUGAGAAGAGGCGUCGAUUCGAUGCGUCCAAAAUAGUUCGAGCCUACACCAAGAUCACUCUCAAAGAGGCAAUGGAGGUUGCGAGUAAUGGAAAACGAUCACGGGAGGAGAUUGAACCAAGACGAGUGUAA